AUGGCCGAUAAGGUUGAAGCGAACGACACGCUGGCGUGCACCUACGCCGCCCUCAUGCUUAGCGACGCGGGUCUGCCCAUCACAGCGGAGGGCAUUGAGGCCGCGUGUGUGGCUGCCGGUCUGAAGGUGCGCAACACCCUGCCCGUUAUUUUUGCUCGCUUUCUCGAAAAGAAGCCGCUGGAGACUCUCUUUGCUGCUGCCGCUGCUACGGCACCUGCAGAGGGCGCCGCUGCUGCUCCUGCCGCUGGCAGUGCCGCCCCUGCUGCCGCAGCCGCCGGUGCUGCGCCAGCAAAGGACACAAAGGAGGAGGAGGAAGAUGACGAUAUGGGCUUUGGCUUGUUUGACUAG